AUGCUUCAAUUCAUUGUCCUUUCAGACACUAAUUUGGCUGCUCUUAUCCACUGCUCGCACCGCUUUCAAAUUCCAUCACUACAGCGGGAACUGUACCAGUAUCUGGAAAGUGAACUACCUUCCGAGGACUGCAAAUUAAAACCGGAAACUCUAGCCGACGCUAUUGCUGAAGCUUUGAAUGCACACUUCAGUCCAAAAUUCAUAGCUCAUAUGUACAAAAAAUUUGGUGAACAUGGCUUGGAUAAAAUGCAAGAGGCAUUGAAAAAUAUGCCGAAUACGUUAGCUGAAACGAUUUUGAGUGAGGCGCGAAAGUACACGGUGAGCUUUUUUCUCGAAUUUGUGUUUGACUACCGUUGCCGUAUAUUCGUUGACACGAAGAUGAGUUUCAGCCUGUGA